AUGUCAGUCAAGUUUGAAGAACUAGUCACUUCAUUAAUUGAUACCGCCCCAUCCACCGAGUUACCUGAAGUUAUCGAAUCGUUACAAACCAUUUCUGGAGCCUCGAAGUCGACAAUCGAUGACGCCGUAGCUGAGUACAUCAAAACACACCCGAUUGCUAUAUCGGACUAUAUCAUAAGCUCAUUAAACAAGGAUCUGCAUUCAUUGAAAUAUAUUGAUUAUGUAAAGGGGGAGAAGUUUUCAUUUGACGUAGCUAAACAGGCAAUUAUUGACGUUGAACCAUACUCGCCUGAGGUCCCCAUUGAUUCCAAAUUGGUGGACAAGUUGCAGCAAUACGGUGAUGAUUAUUUCCAAGACUAUACAUUUACAAUUGUUCCUAAAUCAAAGGACUCAUACACGAUUGUAAUAAUUGGAGAGAAAUUGAACAAGGGCAAUUUCUACACAGGGAAAUGGCACAGUCAGUACCAAGUCUCAAACAAUGAAAUUACAGGUGCUAUUGAUUUAGAUAUCCACUAUUUUGAAGAUGGAAACGUGCGUUUGAAAUAUACCGAAUCGAACGUAUCCAAUGCUGAGCAUGGGAAUUCGGUUUCUUCAGUUAGUGACGUGGUCAAUUUCAUCAACCAAGCUGAUAAUGCAGUCGAAUUGAAGUUGCUUGAUCAAUUCCAACACUUGAAUCAGCAGUCGUUCAAGACUUUGAGAAGAUUGUUGCCCGUGACUAGAUCCAAGAUCAAUUGGGGUAGUGCUAUUGGAAACUAUAGAUUAGGGUCUGAUGUAGUUAAUAAACAGUGA